AUGGUUAAACAAUUUAACCACCAGCUGAAAUCCAGAAAGAAAUAUUGCAGCAAGGAUAGAUUCACUGCAGGUCACCAAGGCACAAAACGUGCCCCUGCAGAUUCAGUUUCCUCAAGUUUCAAGGCCUGGCUUAGAUCUUUCAAUCGAAGGCUCAGACCACACCCAUUAACCAUCACAGAGGCACCGAGACUCAAAACGAACCCUCACAACCCAAACACACCAAGGUCACUUCACUGGACUCAAGAAAUCAAACUGCCUACCUUCGGUCGAUCACUCACACAAAGGAGAAUCACACAAGAACACGAUUAUCACAAAGAUAAUCAACCAGAAAUCUCACAAAGAGAAGGAGGAAGGGUCACACAGACAAAGGAACUCGAAGCGGGUCAAUCCAACGGUCCAAGAGCGACUAAUGGUGUGUGGGCUGGAUAUUGGGCUCGGUUAAGUGGGCCUUCUAGGUAUAUAUUUAAUGGAUCAAGUUGUACUCCUCUCCACUGGGCUGCUAUUUGGGGUAAUUUAGAAGCAUGCACUGUGCUGGUGCAAGCUGGGAAGAAAGAAGAUCUGACGGUAGCAGAUAAUACUGGUCUCACACCUGCACAGCUUGCUUCUGAUAAGAAUCACAGACAAGUCGCCUUUUUCCUUGGGAAUGCUAGAAGGUUGUUUGACAAACAGUGCGAUGGAAACAGCCGCCUUGGCAAACUCUCGAAAUUAGGACUUGCUCCAAUACUCUGGUGUAUAAUAUUUUUGUUACUUGUGACUUAUAGUCAUUCAGCUGUUACGGCAUCAAACCUGCCAAAAUUAACAGCUGGCUUUGGUCUUCUUGCUUGGAUGGGUGUGUUCUUGGCAUCCUCAGGACUAGUUUUGUUUUAUAGGUGCAGCAGCAAGGAUUCAGGGUACAUCAGAAUGAAUGUACAUGACUUACAAAACACGAAAGAUGAUGAACCUUUGCUGAAGAUUGAAAUAAAUAAUCCCGCUUUGCUUGCCGGGAACUGGUCUCAGCUUUGCGCAACUUGCAAGAAAAACAAGUGGGAUUUCUUUUUGUUUCUUCUUCUGGAAGUUCUGGCGAUGCUGAUUGCUGGAGGAGUGACUCUCACAAGAGUGCUGACCGACCCAAUGGCUCCAUCUUCCUUUGGUGCAUGGUUGAACCAUGCUGGAAAUCAGCAUGUUGGUGCUAUAUCCUUUUUGAUUGCCGACUUUUUCCUCUUAUCUGGUGUGGCAGUCUUAACUGUUGUACAGGCUUCUCAGAUUGCUCGAAACAUUACUACGAACGAAAUGGCAAAUUCAAUGCUUUACAAUUAUCUCAGAGGAGCUGGGGGCCGAUUCAGAAACCCAUAUGAUCAUGGCUGCAAGAAAAACUGCUCAGAUCUCUUGAUAAAUGGAUACAAUGAAGACGUGGAGUACAAUGAAGAAUUGAGUCAAUCUGAAGGGACUUCAAUGUUGCAAAUGGCUCGGAAUACAAACCUGUUGAACGGUAUCAGCCAUGCUCAUCAAACAAAUGGAAAUGGUCACGUAGCAAUCGACGUGAAUAACAACAAAAAUGCACAUCAUGGGCAUGUUCAUUCUUCUUAUCGUAGCCAUAGCCAUGACCACAGUAGAAAAACUGAUUCUGCUCCUUUGGGUUUGGGCAUCGGUUUAGGGCGAAAUGCUACCGGUUCUGCAACUGCAUCAUGAUAUUAUCGUGCUAUAGGGUCGGAAAAAAUGUCUUCUUUUUGUCUCUCUUUUUUGACCAUCUUUCUGUCCGUAAACGUACAAGAUUAGCUUCUGUAAUUCAAUUAAGGAUUAUUCUACAGUUACAGGGGGUGGUUUACAGGCCCCCGCCAGGGAAGACACACGGUGGGCCCCACAAUAAAAUUUUUUUUUAAUACAAGUGGGCCCCCCCACACAGUGAGGGGCCUGUAGGCACCCUAUGAAAGAAUGCCCUGUACGCAGGGCAUUCUUCUUCAAUUAAUCUCUUCUUUUUCAGGUACAAUUUUUCAUUACCUCUC